AGCUUCGGGCUGGCGGGCGGCCGCGCAGCCGCAGAACGCACGCCGCGCGCCGCAGGAGGAGGAGGAGGAAGAGGAGGAGGGCCCGGCGUGGUCAGCAUGUUCCUGGACGAGGUGCACGCGGGGGGACCGGCUGAGCGGGGCCGCGGCCCGGGGCGACGUGGACGGGGUGCGCAGGCUGCUGCACCGCGAGCUGGUGCACCCCGACGCCCUGAACCGCUUCGGGAAGACGGCGCUGCAGGUCAUGAUGUUCGGCAACCCCACGGUGGCACGGGAGCUGCUGAAGCAAGGAGCCAGCCCCAACGUCCAGGACGCCUGGGGCACCAGCCCAGCGCACGACGCAGCACGCACCGGAUUCCUGGACACGCUCAAGGUCCUGGUGGACCAUGGGGCUGACAUCAACGCGCCCGAUGCCAGCGGGGCACUGCCCAUCCACCUGGCCGUGCGCGAGGGCCACACCGCCGUGGUCCGCUUCCUGGCCGCCGAGUCGGAUCUGGGGCACAGGGACGCAGGGGGACGCACCCCGCUGGAGCUGGCGCGGCAGACGGGGGCUCGGCACCUGCUGGACAUCCUACAGGGCCGUCCGCUGUGA